GUGGAGCCCCGAGGUGGAGGUCUGCCUCUUCCACGCCAUGCUGGGCCACAAGCCCGUCGGUGUUAAUCGCCAUUUUCAUAUGAUUUGUAUCCGGGACAAGUUCAGCCAGAAUAUUGGGAGGCAGAUUUCUUCCAAAGUCAUCUGGGACCACUUGAGCACCAUGUACGACAUGCAGGCACUGCAUGAAUCUGAGAUUCUCCCCUUCCCCAACUCAGAAAAAAAUUUCAUUCUCCCUGAAGAAAUUAUUCAAGAGGUAAAGGAAGGAAAAGUGAUGAUUGAAGAUGAUGUGAAAGAAGAAAUAAAAGAAGAGCUGGAGUCACAUGCAGGUUCUGAUGAAGUCUAUGCCUCUCUGGGAAGCCUUGCCAAAGCAGUUGAAAAACCAAGCAGCAAGGAGAAAGAGAGGAAUUCCUCUGAAUCUGGAUCGAAAGAAGGAGGGGAUAAGAGAAAGCGAAACAGAGUCACCGAGAAAGUCUUAAAUACAAACAGCAAUCCGUCUAGCCCGAGUGCUGCAAAACGGCGUCGGACAUAAGCAGUGAUGGAAGAAGAUGGGAGCCCUUUUUUAAACUCUGGAGUCUCAGCAGGUUUAUAGUGUCUCUAGCUCAGGAAAGGAAAGUGAGUGACAAAUAGGAGUGGGCAUGAGUUUUGGCUAUCUUCUCUCCGAACUGAUGGCUUGCUGAUCAAUUCAAAGGGACCUGAACAGUGCCUUCCCCCUUCCCAGAAUCUGAGCAAGAGGGAGGUUGCAGGCUUUACAAACUUUUAGAAUGGCCAAAACGCUAGCUUUGGGUGUCUUGAGCUUCUGUUGCUACUCACUGACGGCAGUGAUCCUGCAUCUAGUGAUAUCCAGCCACCAGCAGAAUGUAAGCCGCUGACCAAACGGAAGAAUGGGAGGCCCUAAAACAGAUCUUGGAGGGCGGUGUCUUAGUGGGUUAUUGUUCUGAAAGAGUUUGUGAUCCCGAAUGACAGCAAAGCUUGCUAGGAAUGCGUGCCCAGAAUACAGAUCACCUGCAUAAAAGAAGCACAAUGCUAAGAGAUUGGAGAGAUAAUUUUUUUUCAGAUUGUAGAAGGUAGUAUUUACAUAUACUAGCUUAUUAAAUGUCUUAAAACCAGACUGAA